CAGCACAAAUACAAAUAUUUUUCAGUCAUUUGACACUUUAUUAUUAUAUAUUUCUUAAAUAUCUCCCUGAUUCGAAGAAGUUUAUUCAAAAUGUGGGAACAGCUGGAGAGAUAUCGCAAUCAUUUUUUGCAAAAGGAGAUCAAAGAUGUGCUAAAGCCCAGCUCGUUAAACAGGCAGCAGAACAAAGAAUGGGCAGAAGCAAUGGGGAAACGUGAUAUGUGCAAGUGCAUCUCGUACUGCACUUCAUCAUCAACCCAUUUUGAAGAUCGAGCUCAAUUGGCUUAUGGCUGGUUUGCACUUCCCAAACUGAUGAAGGAGUUGGACAGUGAUUUUCCUUUGACCCACUGGAAGGCUGUUGUUUCGUUGACCGAGUUCCUUUUAAAUCCUUUAAAUGCUCAGAGAGCAAUUAUUGAAAUGGACCUUGUAAGAAAGUUAAAAAAUGCGUUUAUGCGAAUGCGAUUAAAGCUUCACCAAGAGGAACACCGAGAGGUGGAAAUGUACCUAAGGAUUUAUAAUAUUCUCUCUCGUAAUUUGGAUGGAGCGGAGAAUAUAGCUAAUCGCAAGUGUUUGAGAGCUGAGUUCUACAAAAUUAUUAAAAAUCAGGAAGUCAUUAAGGAUGAUCUGGCUUCGGAGAUUCUGCGAAAUUUGACGGGAAAACCCAAAGUAUUGGGAAUUUUUCUGGAGGAUCCUGAAAACUUUUCCGCCUUGGCUGACAUAUUCAAACAGGAUCCCUGUCGUCCACAUUAUUCUCUGCAUUUGUGGCAUCAUCUAUGCCAUUUGAUAGAAGUGGCUCCAGAGCAGGGAAUCGAAUUGGGUUUCUUCGAGCUGCUGCACUCGAGGAUCCUGAAUCGCUUGCCUAAUUUUUGGGAUAUGGCCACCAAGGCAUUCGCUUUGUUGCUCCGCUGUGGAGAAGGUCAACGGCGGUUCGAUGCAGUGGAUGGCGUAAAGCUCCUUUUCAAUGUCCUUGUUCAGCCAAAUGAAAAUCAGAGGUUAUUGCUGCCUCGCCAGAAGGUUGAAAACUGGGAAUACACAGUUUUGGCUUUACUCAACGGACUUCAUAGUAAAAAGGCCCUAUGGCGCAGUAGGGAAUUCACAGAACUGCCAUGUUAUGUGGGCCGUUUAAUGGAAUCCACGCUGGACAAUCCUCGCCUGCAACUCUAUUGCCUGAAAGUAUUCCGCGAACUGGGAGUUAUGCCUUGCAUUAAGCGCUAUAUCAUUGGCAAUUGGCUGGAGGACAUUUGCAAGUUGUUCUGCUUGGAUGCGGAGGCAGAGUGCGCCAGGGAUUCACUGGUGGAUUGGUUGCGAAGGGAUAUUGCGGACAGUAGUUAGAUACCAGAUGUAUCCAUCAUUAGUUCUCAGCUAUUUGCUUCAUGCCAAGAAACAUCGCACAAUUCCCCGCUUUUAAACCGCUAAGAUAAAUCCAAACCGCUUCGAACUACCCCUGAUGUCCCAAAGAGAAAGCGGUUAUAAAGAGGGGUAACUUGGCCCAAAAAGAGCAAAAAUGGCCAGGAGAGAGCUUGAAUGAGAGUUCUUGGCCACUGUCAGCUGUUUACUUCCCUGUUGCCGAAUAAUAUGAGCCGUAGUAAAUAUUUAACAGCCAUCAAAUCUAUGGCUUACACUCGAAAUUUCCGUUUAAUGUUUACAAAAGGCUUUAAAAUAAAUUCCCGUUACUGUCCCAUAA